AUGUUUUCGCAAGACUCACUUGAUCCUUCCAGUCUGGCCCCCUGGUCGACGGAUCUUAAAGUUCACAUCUGCCGGGCUUCUAGAGGAGCAAUCAAUCAGCCUAAAAGAAGCCAACGCGAUAAGCCACAUGCCAAUCGGUUCAAUUUGACCGACUUUAUAGUGCUCAAGGCCUGGCCAUUGUGUCGGGAGCCGUUACGAGAAGGUCGACCGAUUAAGUCGACCAUAUCACCGAUUAUAACCCCAUUUACCCCCUCAUCUUCACCAUGUCGGCAACUGUUAAUGCGAGUGGUAUCGAUGGACACCCUUGGCCCCUGGAACGCCUACAACGACGUCAACAUUGGGUGCGUUGAAGGCCCGGAGACGAGAAACACAAAAAUUUGCAUGCUCGAGGCCUUUCGAGCUCACUGGAAUUGUGGACUCAGUGAAUGGUGGAAUUAUCUUGAAGAGAGAUUUGACAUUAACAGGUCCUGCCGUUGCACCACUCAAGAGAUAGAUUUAAAGAUUCUGGAAACGACCAAUAGUCUACUCGAUCGGUUGACACUAAGAAUGGUGAGCUCGAGCUCCAGUUCUGCAUGUAGCUCAUCAGGCGGUCAUUUGCUUUUACAAGCAGUAUGA